UAUAGAGAAUGACCGAAUACUUAUGCGAUUAAGUCGAUUAAAACUUAAUUUAUGUCGCAUAUUUAUCUGGACACAAACGAACGACUAAAGCACCUCUUAUCAAUCAAUAAACUCCUAUUAUCGGAUAAAUUGUGGUCUUCAUUAUUUUGCAAAACAUUUUCGUUCGACGAGUCUGGCUUUCGUUGCCUCCAUAGCACUGUUUAAUUAACAUAUUUUUAGCUGUAAAAUUAUGAAUCACAUUCGGGCCGUGUUUUGUGUUGCGUCCAUAAUUCAACUCGUUCAAGGAACCACGGUUGAAAGAAAAAUUAUUGUUUCUGACAAAGUACCAGCACCACUGGCAUUUUAUAGUCAAGCUGUCCAAGUGAAUAACGUACUGUACAUAUCCGGGAAUUUGGGGAUGACGGUUGACGGAGAUUUGGUGGAAGGUGUGACGAAUCAAACAAAAUUAGCGUUAGACAAUAUAGGACAUGUGUUGGAAGCUGCAGGGAUUACAUUCGACAAUGUCGUAAAAGUGACGGUUAUGUUGAGUGACAUUCAAGACUAUGGUGCAAUGAAUGACGUCUAUGGUUUAUAUUUCAAAGACAAGGCACCAGCACGUUCAGCCUUUUCGGCUACGCUACCGCGAGAAGCAAAAGUUGAAAUCGAUGCCGUGGCGAUGAUAGGUGCUAUUAUCGAUGUUCAAGAGCAACGAAACAAUGCUCCAAGAAUUAAAGGGACGCUACCGAUGCUACUUGUGCUGUUAGUUCAGUGUACGGUAUUUUACCAGAUGGUCUUCAGGUAGCUUACCAAAACACAAUAUUAAAAACGUUCGUUCAUUCCA